GUAUUUCUUCCCACGCCAGCUCCUGAUCCGAUACUUCUGGACCCCCAACCAGCAGGUUGAGUUCCUGGACGCCUACGACGCCAUCCGGAGAGACUUGUAUCCGGAUGUGGUGGAGAGUUUAGCCCUGGCAGCGCGUUCCCUGCCUGAGCCGCAGCUCCGAAAACGCCUGUGGGAGCUCUGCGCCGAGGUGCAGCAAGGUUCCCAGCCGCACGUGGCCGAGCUCUAUGCUGUGAGAAGUUUGUUUUCGGGAUCUCCGCUGGGUCUGAACAAGCUGCAGGUGUCUCAUGUGAGAGCCCUAAGCCAGGUCCUGUUUCUGACCCCCCACUUGCCGGCCUUUUUCCUGAGGCAUCGCCUGCGGAGCCACGUCUUGGAGAUCCGGAACCUGGACCGCGCCAUGCUGCGCCUGGGCUUGGGCCAGCUUUCCGAGGAGGAGCUGAAAGCGGCUUGUUACCUCCGUGGCCUGAACUCCACUCAUCUCGGCAUGUCCGAGUGCAGAGCGUGGCUGGAGCAGUGGCUGGGGCUCUCCUGCAAGCUGCAAG